AUGGGCCGUGAAGUAAUAGUUAGGGAAGCUGAUGAUCGUCGCUAUGCUGCCUUGAUCAGGGGCGUUGUUUACAGCGGAGGAAUUUUGGGCAUUAUCCUGUUCGUUCGGAGAACACGGAUGUUUGCGAAGUAUGAAAAAGUAUCAGAGAUACCGCUUGAGAUAUAUAAAAAGGGAAUUGAACUGAAAGGAAUUGUUCGUGCUGUUCAUUCUAAUGGUUAUAUGAAAAUUGAGCAUAUACCAGCAUUCACGAUGCCGAAAUUUCUUGCCAGAAAGAAGCCCAUCCAACCUGGAUUGCUGAAUUUACGACUUGCGGGUAUUGAUGUUUCGGAUGCUGGUUCGGAGUAUCUUGCAAAAGAUAUGCGUCUGCGUGGUAGUCAAAUAAUAUUUUCUGCCAUUCAGCCAGUUGAAAACAGCAGAUGUAUCGAUGCUGAAAUUUUUUUGCUGAGGAAGCGAUUUCUGCAAACAAAUUUAAAUGUGGAUUUGGUACGUCAGGGUUUUGCACGUGUAAUACCACUAAGUAAUCCAGAACAUAUGAAUGCGCUGAAAACUAAUCCCUCGUAUUCGAGACUGAUGUCAAAAUUAAUUAUGUCUGAAAAGAUUGCUAAUCGUCGAGGGUUAGGCUUAUGGACUGGUGAUACAUGGGCAGAAAUUAUAUUUUCGUAUCCUGCCACUUUCAGACAGAUUAUCCGUUCUGCAACAAUAACGCGAUUUCUGAUCGCAACUGCAUUUGUCGGUAAAGAAAUGCUUAUCAGUGGAAAUCGUAUAUCGAGACAAGCAUUUAAAAUCAUCAUUGCUUUAAGCCAGAAAGCGUAUAUGGCUAAUUUCGAAAAAUUAUUGUUGGAUGUUGGUCCGAAAGGUCUCGCUCUUAUAGCUGGUACCGUGGCUGCUGGCUUCGGCGUAAAGGAAUCACUUUUUUCUGGUACUUUUUCACUGUUUCCUACUAAAAGAGAAUUUGUAGUUGACGCUGGGCAUAGGGCAAUAAUGUUCAAUAGAAUUGGUGGUGUUGGUGAUGUUGUCUAUAAAGAAGGAUUGCAUUUCCGAAUUCCAUGGUUUCAAUACCCCAUUAUAUACGAUAUUCGUGCUCGUCCCAACCAGAUUCGUUCGCCAACGGGAAGCAAAGAUUUACAGAUGGUGAACAUUGGUCUACGCGUUCUUUCACGCCCCGAUCCUUCAACAUUACCAAAAAUAUAUCGCAUGCUAGGACAGAAUUGGGAGGAAAGAAUUUUACCUUCAAUCUGCAAUGAGGUACUGAAAAGUGUUGUAGCGAAAUUUAACGCUUCCCAGCUGAUAACACAACGACAGCAAGUUUCUUUACUUGUUCGUAAGAGCUUGAUCGAGAGAGCGCUAGAUUUCAAUAUUAUUUUGGACGAUGUGGCAAUCACCGAAUUGGCUUUUUCGCCACAGUACUCUGCUGCUGUAGAAGCGAAACAAGUUGCUGCUCAGGAAGCUCAACGUGCAUCGUUUUUGGUUGAAAGAGCAAAACAGCAGAGACAAGAAAAGAUUGUUCAAGCUGAGGGUGAAGCUCAGUCUGCCAAACUUAUAGGCGAAGCAAUUAAACGAGACCCGGGCUUUUUGAAGUUGCGUAAAAUUCGUGCAGCUCAAAAAAUCUCAAAAAUUAUAUCAGAAACAGCAAACAACAAAGUUUAUCUACCGUCCGGUGGUCUAAUGCUAAAUAUUGCUGAUGAAGAUUACUUGAAUGUUGACAGUAAAGAGAGGCUAAAACGAUGA